CAGCACUAGCUCAGGCUUCCGAUGUGCCAGUCGGCUGUCCACUCGCACCACUGGCACGACUAGUACUGCAGCCCAGAGACGACUUCGGACCUUACUGUACCUGUUGUGCGUGCACCUGCAGGCCGGUGCCAGUGUCUCGCACGCAACCACACCACGCCCAUCACCAUUUCGCUCCCUUGAUUCACCCUUGGCCGAAUCUCACCUCCCACUACUUUCUCACUUCCUCUACCAGUCACUUCACUCCCACAACCACGUUCCUUUCUCUGCCAAUAUCUCUAUAUAUCAGACACGUCGACCAGUCAAAGUUAUGUGGCUCAUCACCUAGAUGCCGCCCUUCUAGCAUCAUUCGCACAUUGGAGCCGCAGCUUGUGUACCAUGGCCAGACCUCCGCUUCGGCCUCCAGGCCGACGUGGAGGAUCCAAAUCAAUGCUGACAUGGGCCCUUCUUCUCCUGCUCAUUGCUGCCGCUCAACCUCAGUCCGUCCAUCCCCCCGAAUCCGUCCAGAGACUGGUCGCUUCCACUCAAAGCGUUCGCGCCGAGUCGAGCAGACAACCUCGUGCUGGCCGCAGCCCAGCAGAGAUUCCUCUCCUUAAGGACGACAUCACCACAGUCCGGUUCAGAAGUACUGAUCAGGACCCCUCAAACCACAAACUCCAUGCCUUGGCUCCGGCACAUGAUAGCAUCAGUGCUGUUAGAGCACCUCUUGUCCAGUCAGCCGAGUCCUCUGGACUCUCAGCGCUCCCCUCAGCGCGGCUGCUGCAAGAUUGGGAGGUAGAGAAUAUCAUCCUACUAGCCACCAUCGAUGGCACCAUACACGCCCGUGACAGAAAGACUGGCAAUGAGAGGUGGUCAUUGGGUAUACCGAACAGUCCGAUGAUCGAGACGAUUCACCAUCGAUUAAAUCGGAGUGACGCGGACGACUCCCAUUACGAAGAUGACUUUAUGUUCAUUGUCGAACCCAGCAAGGACGGGAACCUAUACAUUCAACACCGUGAUCCGAGAAUCGGCUUACAGCGCUUGGGUGUAACGGUCAAAUCUCUUGCCGCCGAAACUCCGCAGUUUGUGGAUGACCCUCCCUUGGUGACGAUCGCGUCUCAAGAAACGACGGCAUACGUGGUGGAUGCCGCCACAGGGAAUGUUCUACAACAGUUCGACAAGAAUAGAGGAUUCUCCAAUGAAGACGAUGGCCGCAGCUGUCGUAGGCUUAGCGGCUUUGAACUUGAGGAUCCUGCCUGCGAGUCUCGGGGAACGCUGAACCUCGGACGCGUCGAAUAUACCAUCCAGAUUUCGCACAAACUCACGAAUCAACCCCUGUGUACAAUCAAGUUUGCUGAAUGGGUGCCGAAUAAAGGAGAUAGCGACUUGCAGAGCCAAUAUAUUAGCCCUCUCGACAACCUCUACAUCCAGAGCUACUACAAUGGCCGAAUCAUUGGUCUUGAUGGCAGCGGAGACUCGGGAAAGAUUCACCGCUUCACGCAUAUGCUGGAUACUCCUGUUGCCAGGGUUUUCGAUGUUGUGCGUCCGCUUGACUCCAAAGACCCAUCUCCCAAGCUGGUCUUGUUGGCCCGGCCAACCGAUUCGCCCCUACUUUCAUCGCACCAGGUGUGGCGGAACGAAAUGCAAAGGUCCGAGCGUGUCUUCGUCAACAAAACCGCGAGCGGUGUCUGGUAUGCCUUGUCCGAACUUUCGUACCCUGGUGUCACCAGUGGUGCGGCUCCUGCGAGCUCGCACUGGAAUUAUGACAUUGAGCCAUUGGAUUUCCACGACGGUAUGGAAGAAAUUGUGGGCGUUCACGUUCUUUCCAUGGAGACAAGCAACGCCCCUUUGCGUUUGACCAUUUCCGGGCCGCCCCCAGCGACUGACUUGGGGGAGGAAGCCGAAAGAGAGAUCGCAAACCUAGGAUCCAGAGUCCCGCCGUCCUUGUCUCCAGUAUUAAACCACCCUCUUCUAUCGGUGUUCAACAUGAUCGUUGUGAGCGUGCUUCUUCUUUUCGUGGUGGGUGUUCAAAUGCGAUUACCAAUCAUGUUGCGGGUGCAAGGGUAUCUUCGCAAGGCCGGCGUAGAGGUUGCUAUUGAGAAGGUGCAGCCUCAGCCCCCUAUGAAUGCUGCUCCUCAAGCCAGUGAUCAGGAAAUACCGGUUGCCGAUGUUGAAGACGAGGACAAAAAGCCCGAAGUUGUCUCCGAAGCAUUGGAAACCGCGGUCAGCACCCCGGCUAGAAGCCGUGCUCAAAGUGCUGCGGUGCCAAUGAUCGGUCCUGUCAAUACUGUGAAGUUGAACGAUCUCAAUGAGGACAAUUCAGACAGUGAAUCAGAGGAUGACAAGGCCAAGCAGGAGCCGAACUCAGCCGAGAAUGCUGAAAAUGGUACGACACCUCGUCCCAGGCACGCCAAACGCGGCAAACGCGGUGGCAGAAAGAACAAGAAAGGGAAGAAGAUGAUGGAUCCGAAGGCUAUGGAUGAAAAAGAAGAACUUGUUGUUGAAGUUCCUACCAAAGAUGGCAUGCUGCAAGUGGGUAAGCUCAAAAUCGACACGCGGGAAGAAAAGUGCUUGGGACGUGGAAGCAACGGGACUGCGGUUUUCCCAGGCUCGCUGGACGGCAGAGAAGUGGCUGUCAAGCGACUUAUCCGAACUUCCAACAGUCUCGCGGCCAAAGAAAUCAAGCAUCUGUUGUCAAGUGAUGAGAAUCCUCAUGUCAUCCGAUAUUUCGGUAAGGAGGAAUCACAGCACUUCACGUACAUCGCGCUUGAGCUCUUUACUACGUCCCUGGAUCAAUUCAUCGAGCGACCCCUUCAAUUUCCGAACCUGGUCAAGUUUCCCGAAGGAUUCGACGUCAAGGAUGCGUUGCGUCAGAUUACGGACGGCGUUCAACACCUUCAUUCACUAAAACUUGUUCAUCGGGAUAUCAAGCCGCAGAACGUUCUUGUUAAGGCGGUGAAAAGCAAUCGCCCGGCAAAUGGUCUGCCCAAGCUACAAUUUGUUAUUUCCGAUUUUGGCCUGUGCAAGCCCUUGGAGGAAGGACCAGAGUCGACCUUUGCCCCUACUGCGAAUCAUACAGCUGCGGGAACAACGGGUUGGAGGGCGCCAGAACUACUCGUCCAUUCUCGCUCUGCGGUUGCUGCAUCGAGCACCACCUCAUCCGCAUCGAGGUCCACGACACAAUCCAGUGAUGGAACAGUCAUUGACCCACCUUCUGGACGCCGCGCCACAAAAGCAAUUGACAUAUUUUCUCUCGGCUGCGUCUUCUACUAUGUGAUGACCCAAGGUCGGCAUCCGUUCGAUGUGGGCGGAUCAAGCCUUGGUCGUGAUCUGAAUAUCAAAGAGAACAAGUUCAGCACGGCGGAUUUGCGAUUGCACGACUACCAGUACGAUGCGGAUGACCUUGUCAUGCAAAUGCUUAAACACGAUCCAAAAGAGCGUCCCGAUACAUCUCAAAUUCUCCGGCACCCGUACUUUUGGGAUGUGGCUGAUAAACUGGAGUUCUUGUGCGACGUCUCUGAUUGCUACGAGCGUGAAAAGAACUCGAUCAAAAACAUUUUUGACGAGAACGCCGUUCGCACACCGGCGGAAAAGGAAUCACUAGCCGAGCUCGCUGCCCUAGAGUCUCUUGCGCCCAAUGUCAUUGGUCCGUCGAAAGACUUUUUGCGUGCCUUGCCAAAGAGCUUCGUCAAUGAGAUGGGCAAACAGCGCAAAUACACGGGGUCCAAGAUGAUUGAUCUCCUACGGGUGAUCCGGAAUAAGAAGAACCAUUUCCAUGACCUACCGGACGACGUGAAGGAACAGAUGCUAGGCGGGAGUCCCAAGGGGUACUAUGAGUUCUGGGCCAAGAGGUUCCCCAGUCUGUUAAUCAAUUGCCAUUGUCACCUCUUGGAGAGGGACUUGGUGGGACGGUUUCGGAUGGAGAGAUACUAUGAAUAGUGUCCAAGUACUAGCAGAGCAUGCAUAAGUCAUGUCUAGCUAUCGCCAAGCGUGCUUCUGCUACUGUACAUCUACCUGCCACGGCUCUGACUCAGUGUCACUGCCUUUCGAUACCAUUCACAAUUUUGAAUACUUGCAAUGAG